GAGAAAAAGCAGGACAGAGAGCAGGGCGCGCAAAACGCCGCUGACCGUAUCCAAACUAUCAGUCCGCGCGCAGUCAGCGAUGGCCGCGUCCGCGUUCAAAGACUAAAAAAACUCUCCGUUUUCUAGUCAAAGUUUACUGGGAUUACUUUGGACACUUGGUGAGUUUGCGCCCUGCUGUAAACACUGACGUGUGCAGUUUCUUCUUCUUCCUCCUCUUCUUCUCCUCUUUUUUUUCCUUCUUCUUCAUUGUUUUGCCUCGCUUGCUUUUGGACGGACGGAGUGAGGGGAUUUGGGGGGGCUCGGGAGGUGGCGGGGUUUUCUUGUUGUUGUGAAUUUUCGCCGCGUUCUCCUCCUCCUCCUCCUGCCCAAUUUUCGGGUGGAUUUGAGAGAAAUGAGUGAGAGGAGGCGAUCGGCCGCAGCUCUGAGCUCUAGAGCCCACGCGUUUUCCGUGGAAGCCCUGAUCGGCUCCAACAAGAAGAGGAAGCUCCGGGGCUGGGAGGAGAAGGAGCUGGAGUUGUCCAUGGAGAGCCUCGCCACGGACGGAGAGGAUCCGGCGCACUGUCUGGAUAUGGACCCGGACUCAGAGGCGAGUCCCGGCUCGGAUGGAGAGGGUCUGGCCGAGAGGACGUCGUGCUCCUUCGGCUCGCCCGCCGACCUGGCCCCGGGCGCCUGCGACGCCUCGCCCUCGGCCUCCAUGGAGGAGAUCCAGGUGGAGCUGCAGUGCGCCGACCUCUGGAAGCGUUUCCACGACAUCGGCACGGAGAUGAUCAUCACCAAGGCCGGCAGGAGGAUGUUUCCGGCCAUGAGGGUAAAAAUCGCCGGCCUUGACCCGCACCAGCAGUACUACAUCGCAAUGGACAUCGUGCCAGUGGACAACAAGAGAUACAGGUACGUGUACCACAGCUCCAAGUGGAUGGUGGCGGGAAACGCGGACUCCCCGGUGCCGCCGCGGGUUUACAUCCAUCCGGACUCUCUGGCUUCAGGAGACACCUGGAUGAGGCAGGUGGUCAGCUUCGACAAGCUCAAGCUCACCAACAACGAGCUGGACGACCAGGGACACAUCAUCCUUCACUCCAUGCACAAGUAUCAGCCUCGGGUUCACAUCAUCAGGAAGGACUUCAGCAGUGAGCUGUCUGCUAACAAACCAGUGCCGAGCGGGGAGGGCGUUAAAACCUUCAGCUUCUCCGAAACCGUCUUUACGACCGUCACCGCCUACCAGAACCAGCAGAUCACCAGACUAAAGAUUGAUCGCAACCCCUUUGCCAAAGGAUUCCGGGACUCGGGCCGAAACAGAACCGGCCUGGAGGCCAUCAUGGAGACGUACGCUUUCUGGAGACCUCCUGUGAGGACCCUCACGUUUGAGGAUUUCACCAACAUGCAGAAGCAGCAAGGUGGAAGCACUGGGACGUCUCCCACCACCUCCAGCACGGGAACACCUUCACCGUCCGGCGCGGCCCACCUCCUGUCCCCCUCCUGCUCCCCUCCCGCCUUCCACCUGGCCCCCAAUACGUUCAACGUCGGCUGCAGAGAGAGCCAGCUCUGCAACCUGGGCCUCUCGGAGUACCCCGCCUGCGCCCGCAGCAACAUGGCGGCUCUGCAGGGCUACGGCGGCCUGGCUGACGGCUCCUACGGCCGCCUCCAGGCGGCGGGGGGAGCCGUGGCGUCCGCCCAGCCGUCGGAAUCCUUCCUGCCACAGAGGACUUCCUCCCUGAUCGCCGCGGGCAUGCAGGGCGGCGCCCACGGCUCCCUGGCCGGCGGCGGGAGCGGUGGAGGCGGCGGCGGUGCUGCCGGCAGCAAGAUGGAUGCCUACGGCGGACAGCUGGGCUCGUUCCCGGCCUCCCAGCUUCAGUACGUGAUGCAGGCCGGCGGAAGCUCCGGUUCCGCCUCGUCCUCUUCGUCAGGGUCGUCUCCGUCCUCCGCCCACAUGUUCGGCGGCGGCCACCACCACGUGCAGCAGGGAUCUUACAACGCCUUCUCCCUCCACAACCCCUAUAACCUGUACGGAUACAACUUCCCCGCCUCGCCUCGCCUGGCCGCCAGCCCGGAGAAGCCCCAGGGGGGGCUGCUCUGCUCCUCGGCCCCCGCCGGCGCCUUUGCCGAGCGCCAGUACCUGCCCAACGGCGGCAUGGACACGAUGCACAUGAUCGGCAACGCGGCGGGCGGCCAGCAGGGCGGCAGCUCCUGCGACGGACGUCAGUACGGCUCAUCCUCCCAGAUGUCCAUGCACAUGGUGUGAAAACCGCGACCUCGACCUUCUCCACGUCGCUGAAACGAUUUCAGGUGAAAAAAGGGAAGGAGAAAAAAAAAAAACUGCAGUUGGUGAGUGUUGGUUUAAACCAACAGCGUUCACGUUUCAGAAACACGCCUACCACUCCAAACGCAAUAAACACAAAAGCAGGUACAAACUUCUAUUUAAUUAUUUUAUAGUGAUCUUGACAGCAGCUCAAUGUUCUUACUGUUUGAAGGCAAAUUUGGAGAAGUGGAAAUGGAGUAGAGAAGGAAGUCCACGUGUCACGGUGCAAUAAUAGAAACAGCUCCAGUGUCAUCCAGAAGGUUUUUUUUUUUUUUUUUUCACUUCUAGCAGCGCUUGUGCCGUUUCGGUUGAGGGACGUCAAAGAGUUGACGGCUCUCUGUGGAGCUCGGAGGUUUUGGACAGAAUGAAAGGGACAACUGGACAGCGCCAGUGAGCGGUUCACUGCUGGAGGUGGAGGACCUGGACGCGGCGGAGGCUGCUGACGGAGGAAAACAGAGCCGGUUCUUUUCGCUGUACAGUAAAAUGUGAGAACAGGACUCCAACCAGACAACUUCACCCACCUGUUUUCAGCAAAAGCUAGAACUCCUCACAAUGUUUCCGGGAUUUAUGUGAUUAUAUAUAAU